AUGCCUUAUGCCAGGGGCAAGGAUUACUUCAAGGAAAAAGUCUGCAAUGAAUACAACGCAUUUGGAGAAAGGAAUUUUCGCUCCUUGUCAAUCACCAUAAACAGCAGGAAGUAUUGUAAUGCCACCUUUGAACAAAUCAUCAGCCUGGUCAACGACAUGGUAGACUUGGCCAAAAAAUGUUGUACCCCAGGAGCUGCUCCAGACUGCUAUGAAAAUGAGGUAAACUUCAGCAUCCGUGCAGGCCAAUCCAGCCUUUCUCAGACCAGAGAUCGCUUCAUGAGCACCAAUAGGAGAGAAUAUUUGUUUUUGGCCGAGUAUUCCAGUGACUACAGCUAUGCUCCUUUGCCAAUCUUGCUGAACUCUACAAGGAAUUAUUUGUCCUUUGUGAGAACUUGCUGUGCCAGCACACAACGUAACAUCUGCUUUUUGAAAGAGAGGUUACAACACAAACGUGUCCAGGCAUUUGCCCAUCUAUCAAACAAAGCGUGUGCUCUCCAUGCUUUGCUUGGGGAAAAUAAAACGAAAGUCAGCUACUUAAUUAAAUUCACCCAGCAGACUCCGAGCCUGCCCUUUGAGAACGCCAUGACCCUGGCUGGAGAAGCAUCCAAAAUUCUUUCCAAGUGCUGCGCUAGUUUGGAAGAAAACUGUAUCCAGAAUGAGCUCAAACGUCACAUCGCCCACAUCUGCAACACGGCCUGUUCUGGGAAUGAAAGGAUCAGAACCUGUUGCACUUCGAAAGAUGACGUGGGAAAAUACUUGUGCAUUUACUCGCUCCCGUGGGCCAAACGUUCAGAAGUCCCUCGGUCUCCCAGUUCAAUUGAUGAAGGUGUUUGCAGAGAAGGUGGUGAAAUAGACGUUUAUCGAAAUAUUUUUGACGUGGCUCGGAUAUAUACCCGUGCUCCCGAGGCUCUUAUCAUUACUUUGUAUUCUGCCAGCCAAGCUGCCGCCACUGACUGCUGUGACCUACUAGACGUCAGAAGUUGUUUCGCGGAAAGGGACUCCACAAUAGCACCUCUGCAGGCUUUGAUUGAAAAAGGAAAUGAGAUUUGUGGGGAAUACGCAGAUCACACUUACGUGGAAUUCCUCAAGAGGCUAAAAGCAAAUGUAUUAGCCCUGCUUCCCGCUGGUACUUUGGAGACGGAGGAUCAGGUGUCUUCUCUGCUUGAACAAAGGAUUGGUUACGUUACCAAGUGCUGUCAUCUGAACGCACCUCCAAUAUAUUGUGGGAUACAGGAUGUUCUUCUGAACAAAGAACAUAACCAUACCUCAAAUUCCGCACCUGACAAUUCGCCGUAA